AUUAGCUAUAAUCCCGUUGUAACGUUCCGCCAUACAGGUAGUUUUACCACGCGUGCUGACAAAUGCGGCUCGGGGUUUAGUUUCUUUGUGACGUGACUGAGUCAGGAUUUGGUAGAUAAGUGGCGGUGUUUGUUCCCCGUCACGCUUGUGAUUUUGUAGUAGCUAGUAGUCUGUUUACUUGUGUCAUCAUUUACUUAUCAUGUGUCUUACCAGCGUUUUGGUCAGAAUCCUUAGAGCUCCACACACGACUCAUAUGUGGCCCAGUACACGUGUUCCGACGCACACGCCUGUAGCAGACGAUCACACGGUGCUGUGAGAUAGGGACACACCGCUAGGGACGGCACAACAUUGCACACUUCCGUUUUCCUUGAAUGAGUGAUAUGAUACAUUUUGUGUACCCAAUACGAAUCGGACUUAAUUUUACAAUAUAUCAGUUGGUCAUAAAUGGCUAGAUCCGAGUCGAGGUUGGACGUGUGUUUAAUAUCCGCGAACAACAUCUCCAGUCAGACAUGUUUUGAAGUGCUAGUGUCAUUGGUAGGGGAAACACACGAUUCCAUUCAUUCAUGGCCUGGCGGAGUACUGUGUCCUUUGUUGACUAUACAAAAUGGAUGAUAUUUUUCUUGAUUUUAAUUUAUCAACUAAAGAAUGCCACAGCUUGCCACGGCCAUUGUUCCGACCAGGGCUGUGACGCAGACGACAGGUGCUAUGAUUGUGCCGCCCAUUGGUACGGCCAGGACUGUAACAAGCGUUGUUCUUCAUCAUGUCCUUUAUCAUCCUUCAAAACUGGAUCCACAUCUACCUCCAUGAGAUUAUGUGAUAGAUUAACUGGCGCUUGCAAUGAGUCGUGUGACCCCGGACAGAAAGGUCUAACAUGUGACAUAGAUUGUAACUACGGGUGUAAGGGAGGUAUACAAGAUGAAAAUUACGGAAAGGCCUGCGACAGAUACACAGGGGUGUGCCAAUUCGGUUGUAUAAGUGAACACCACGGACCUACGUGCGACCAAAGAUGCAGUGCUGGGUGUAAUUCUCGAUAUACAGGGGACAGACACAUACAAAACUGUAGCUUCAUCACGGCUGAAUGUGAAGACGGGUGCAAGCCUGGGUGGUGCGGGAAACCCUGCACCAAUCAAUGUGGGGAACACUGCGUUACCACGUACGACACUUUUUUCGGCCAGGACAUUCGCAGAUGUGACUGUGAUGGAGAACUUGGUGGACGAUGUGAAGAUGGAUGUGAUGACGGUUGGUACGGAGGUAACUGUGAGUGUAGCGAAGAAAUACCCGGAUGUGACGAAAGAGGAUGUAACAUAACAACUCGCGAUUGUUUAGACUGCCGACCAGGUCAAUUUGGAACUAAAUGUACGGAGUCGUGUUCCACAGGCUGCGUGGGAUGUGAUCGGGUCACGGGAGUAUGCCAGCAUUGUAAACCAGGGUGGUUUGGACCCAAGUGUACACAGACAUGUAGUUCCAACUGCUUCAACAAUACUUGUGAACAGGAUACUGGAAAAUGUCUUCCUUGUCCUGUAGGCUUUUUUGGUCGGUCGUGUGACGAGGACUGUCCCCAGGACUGUGACACACAGGGCUGUUUUCGUGAUAAUGGCACGUGUGUCCAAUGCCCCGAGGGACGGUAUGGCAUGCGGUGUCAGCAAGUUUGCUCGGAGAGCUGUCAGGAAUCCGGAUGCGGAAGACUUGACGGCGCAUGCCUUUCUUGCCAGGAAGGGUACACUGGAGUUACGUGCACCUGUAGAGGUAACUGUAUGAACGACGACGAAUGCCCCGAAUCGAAGUGUGUGUCAUGUCAGACAGGUUUCUAUGGCGACGGGUGUGAUAUCAGGUGUUCGGCACACUGUCUCGUGCUCGCAUGCGACCGCUUAACAGGAGAGUGUCUCGAUGGGUGUGAGUCGGAUUGGUACGGUGAUAAGUGUGAAUGUGUUGGACUCUGUGAUACUGCCGGUUGCGAUAAAGUUACCAAGUACUGCGAAGGGUGUCAAUCAGGAUGGCAUGGAAUGUAUUGCAAUUCAUCUUGUCCUCCAAACUGUGGUGAAAAUGGCUGCAACAUGCUGACUGGACAAUGCCGUCACUGUAAAAAAGGAUAUUAUGGACAAACAUGUUCUUGUACGGGGGAAUGUGCUCAAUCCGGCUGUGCACCAGACGGAACUUGUAACGAUUGUGCUUCACGAUUUUACGGACAGAAAUGUAGACAAGUAUGUCCGGUUAACUGUGACAAAUCGUCAUGUGCUCGCGAUCAUGGUUUAUGUGCCGGAUGUCAAAACGGAUAUUUUGGCGAAAGAUGCGAAUCGUCAUGUCCUAAAAACUGCAACAAUCUUUCCUGCAUUCAGUCAGCCGGUGAAUGUGAGAGCUGUUCUCCAGGUUACUAUGGUCUCACGUGUGAGGAGACUUGUCCUUUGCACUGUCUUGAUGAUGAGUGUGACCAGGUGACGGGGAUUUGUACUAAGGGAUGUAAGCUGGACCGAUUUGGUGACCAGUGCUUAUGCAAGGGGCACUGCAGAGACUCGGGAUGUAGCUCAACAGGAACUUGCAAAGAAUGUGCUGCCGGUUGGUUCGGAGAUGACUGUACCGUCCCCUGUCCCACGAAUUGCGUUGAUACGUGUGGCCGACAGACCGGAGCGUGUGAUGCAUGUCACGAGGGGUUUUACAUGAUGGACUGCUCUUCCCGAUGCUCUGAGCACUGUAAUGGCCUCUGUGAUCAGCUCAAUGGAACCUGUGCAUCUUGCAAACCUGGCAAGUCAGGAGCGAGGUGUGAAUGUCACGGCUACUGUGACAUUUAUGGGUGUAACACAGAAGGAAGAUGCUUGGUUUGUCGAGAUCGUUACUUCGGAGACCAUUGUUCACAACUCUGUCCUCAGCACUGUCAGCGUCCAACGUGUGCCCGGAAUAGCGGAAACUGUCGGAACUGUACCAUGGGCUGGUACGGGGAUAAGUGUGAUUGCAUGGGUCACUGUGAAAAUGGCACCUGCUCACCAGAGGGUCGUUGUCAUAAAUGUGCCAAAGGUUGGUACGACUCAACUUGUACCACCAAAUGUCCCCGGAACUGUGCGGGCAGCUCGUGCGAUCAGCAAACGGGAAUAUGUUUCGCGUGUAAGCCGGGAUGGUACGGCCCCGAGUGCGAAUGUACUGGAAAAUGUGAUGAAGCGGGAUGUGAUCAAGAUGGUUUGUGUCGUACUUGUGAGGCGGGGUACCAUGGCCAGAAAUGUUUGGCUACAUGUCCAGGGGUUUGUGGUGAAAGAGGAUGUAACCGUCUAAAUCCACAACAAUGCAAUUGUGCCGAUGGCUGGUUCGGGCCGACGUGUAACUGUUCUGGCCACUGUGGUGAGGAUGGUUGUAAUUCUACAGGUGUGUGUCAUGUAUGUGAGGACGGAUGGAGGGGAGCUCUUUGUACAAAACCUUGCCCGAAGCAUUGUAAAGAGGAUAACUGCAAACGUAAAGGACGAUGUCAUACGUGUGAAAAUGGAUGGUAUGGUCCUCGAUGUAAGUGUCGAGGUCACUGUCAGGUCAACGACGAAUGUAACAAAACAACGGGGAUAUGUUCGGAGUGUGCACCUAAAUGGUUCGGGAAACUUUGUGACCAAUCAUGUCCACGGAGCUGCAAUGAGUCCGGAUGUGGUAGACGCAGCGGCCAAUGUUACGGCUGCCUGAAGCACUGGUACGGAGAGACCUGUGAGUGUACCGGUCACUGUGGCGGAACUGGAUGUGACAAAGUCACUGGACGAUGUUAUACAUGCCAAACUGGAUUAUAUGACAAGUAUUGUCUUUCUGAAUGCCCUAUAAAUUGUGAUGCUUCCAUAUGUAACAAAACAACAGGUGACUGUUUAGCAUGUCAAGCAGGUUGGACAGGGUCGAAAUGCGAGUGCCGAGGCCCCUGUGACAAGGGUGGUUGUGACACCACCUCCGGUCGGUGUCACAAUUGUGCACCUGGUUUUUACGGAGCUGAUUGUGACGUGACUUGCGGAGACAACUGUACGCUUUGUGAUCGACAGUGGGGUGUGUGCCGUGUCUGUACGAACGGGACAUUCGGACUAAAUUGCACUAAAUUGUGUCCACAGGAGUGCGUCGGCCCAUGUACCUUUACAAAUGGCGAAUGCCUGCGAUGCGAGAAAGGUAAAAUGGGAAACUUUUGUACUCAGAACUGCAGUAUGAAUUGCUACGAUAACUUGUGUUCAAUAAACGGGACCUGUCGAUAUGGCUGCAUCAGUGGCUGGGAUGGUUACAGCUGUGAGUUACAGAAGGACGAGCAGACCGUCACCUUCGGGAUGUUCUGGGUGGUCGUCGUGGGAGUUACUUCCCUUGUCGGAGUAGUGCUGCUAAUAGUUCUCCUCUCCUGCAUCCUGAAGCGGAGGCGGACGUCGGACCAGAAUAUGGAAAACCAAAGCAACACGUCCAAACCAACAAAGCGGAAACAUAGAAAUUGGGGAACAAUCGUACGACGGACAGACACUCCCAGAGCUGGACUCCGCCCAAUGACUGUCCACGUGGCUAACGUCGGCAAUCCAGCAGCCGUUUCAGAACGUUAUGUUAUGGAGUAGGACUGCUGGCCGUCCUGUCGAUGAUGCGGUCUAUAGUCGACAACCAGUCGAUGCCUCUCACAGUGUAUGUGAAAGUGAAAAAAUGCUAUGUUGAUUGAGAGGGAGAGAGAGUGGUGCUAAUACGAGAUGAUAAGAGAAACCCCAAACGUGUGUGUGAGAGGGAGAGGAAGAGGAAAGAGAGAGAUAGAGAAAGAGCAAGGAACAUAACUAUUGAGAGAAACUGACCAUAAAAAAGAACUUAGAUUUCAAUACCGUUUCGGGUUUGUUCAUACUAAUGUGAGUAGGCUCGUGAAUGUCGCCAUACCUUGUGUAAGGACACAGCAAGGCCUUUCAUUUACCAAUCCUCUCAUUAAUUCUAAUGUACUUAUGAAGAGAAGUUAGUUUCCAUAAAAAAUACAU